AUGCUGCUACCGGGAAGCUUCGUCUUGUUCGUGUUUAGGGCUGGCGUGGCUGGGCCAAACCGUUGUUCCUGUGUCCUCUGCACACGCUGUUCGAGAGAGAAAGAAAUCGAAAAUGCAACAGCGCCAGUGAAUUUGUGUUUGGGAUUGGUGGAAAAGGAGAAAAUCCAGAUUGAAGGAGGAGGAGGAGGAGAUGAUGCAAGAAAUUCUCUCUUCCAGAUUGGAAUUCCAGCGAUUCGCGCCGAGCUCGCCAUGCAAUUCCGCCUGGGAUGCCCCAUCAUGGCCAUGAAUCUCAUCUGGUUCGCCAAAUUCCUCGCCACCACGCUCUUCCUGGGCCGGCUGGGCGGCGUGGAGCUCGCGGGAGGCGCCCCAGCUCUCACCUUCGCCAAUGUCACCGGCUACUCGAUCCUCCUCGGCCUCGCCACUGGAAUGGAGCCGAUUUGCAGCCAGGCAUUCGGCGCCGGGCGGAUGGAUCUCAUGGCCUCAGCGCUCCAAAAUGCGAUCCUCAUGUUGCUCCUGGCGUGCAUUCCAAUCGCCCUCGCCUGGCUCUACAGCGUUGAGAGAUUCUUGAUCUUCUUGGGCCAAGAUCCAUCCCUGGCCCGCGCCUCAGCAAGAUUCUUGAAAUUUCUCCUCCCGGAUCUGUUCCUCCAGGCCGUGAUCACUCCCCUGCGGAUCUUCCUGCGCUGCCAGAGCGACACACUGCCAAUGACCAUCGCCUUCACUGCCGGGAUCCUCCUCCACAUUGGCCUCGGAUUCCUGCUCGCCAUGGACCUGCGCGGCGCUGGGAUUGCUCUGGCGAUGGGCAUUGGCGAUCUUUUCACGCUCGCGCUACUUUUAAGUCUCGUCCUCGCCAAGAGCAGAGCCUCUUCUUCCAAGAACCCUAAAAUCAAGAACACGAAGAACACGAGGAGAAAGAGAUGGAAGCCACUGAUCAAACUGGCACUGCCCUCGUGCGCCAUGGUCUGUCUUGAGUGGUGGAGCUACGAGGCCAUCGUUCUUCUUGCCGGGCUGCUCCAGGAUCCAGAAAUCUCCGUCCCAGCUGCCGCGAUCGUGCUGAAUUUGGACGCAAUCCUCUACGCGCUCCAGAUCACGCUCGCCUCCUGCACCGCCACCCGAAUCGGCCACGAGCUGGGCGCGAAUUCGCCCUCCUCUGCCCGGACCGCGGCAAUCGCAUCGCUGCUCGCAAGCCUGGCAAUGGGAUUCGUGACCUUCGCCUCUCUGGCGGUGUUGCGAUCGCUGUGGGGGCGGCUCUUCACGGCCGAUCCAGCGAUUGUGCGCAGCGUAAGGCGAUCGAUGCCGGUGGCGGGCGCGAUCGAGCUCGCCAAUUUCCCGCUGCUGGUGCUGUGCGGGAUCUUGCGUGGGAGCGCGAGGCCAGCGGCGGGGGCGGUGGCGAGCCUGGGAUCGUUCUACCUCAUUGGGCUACCGUGUGGAGUGGCGCUGGGAUUUGGGGCGGGGCUGGGCCUGGUGGGGCUGUGGCUGGGAUUGCUAGCGGCGGUGGUGGCGUGUGUGGCGCUCACGGGGAUGGUUGUUCUUGGCACGGAUUGGAAGGAGAUGGCCAUGGCUUCCCAGCUGCAAAUCCGAUCUUGGGACACUCCUAGCGAAGUGUGGCAUUCUAACGAUCCUGAUGGAAAAGAAAUGGAUGAAAUUUAA